UCAACCCGAACUGUCAACCGAUGACACUGGAUGUCCCCAAAUAUUCACUCGUGUUUAUCUGAAGAUGGCGUAGUUUCAAGACCUGGAUUCACAGGCUGAAACCUGAUCAUUUACUCUCUCUACUUUUAUCUCUAUCGCGAUGGAUCAAAUUCGGUGUGAUAUAUAGAUCGUGUGAAUUUUUCAUAUCUGAUAUGGUUCGCCACCGCCCUUGUUCGGGUACUGUCCGAUCAAAAUUUAACUUUCAACUCGAAGAGCAGCUGCGUGAUGGACACACAAACCAACAUGUGGGCUCCAUUUAUGUCCUUGAGAGCGUGAUCUCCAACAUAAGCUGAAUGCGAUUAUACGGCAUGACUCCGACAGUGGCACACUGAAUCACAGAAGCCCAGCUGGUUUUCUCUCCCAAUUUUGAUUCACAUGGCAAAUUCUAAUAUUUUCUAGUCCUUUCUGGUCAUGUUGAUGUAUUUUAAGCCUGUUUCAACGUUUGAACCUAGCGAUUAAGCUUUCUUUUCCCGUUCUGUGCGAUGGUGGAGGUGGGAGGAUUGGGGAGUGGUGAGAGCAAUGGCGGGUUUUCCAUGGAUUCCAUUGAGUCCAGGUGGGUUUUCCAGGAAGAGGAUGAGUUGGAGGGUGAGUGCGAUGAAGAUGAAUAUGAGGAUGGCGAUUUUUCGCGGUAUCAGGCUAUGUUGGAUUCGGAAGACGAGGACGACGGCGAGCAGAGGCUGGUUAGGACUGGCGCACGAAUCGAUUCAUUCCAUGCUGAAGCUCUUGAGGUCUCUAGUACUCAGAGGAAUGACAGUGAGAAUUUGGGUUUGAGAAGGAGUAUUUUAGUGGCUAUUCAGACCCUUGGCGUUAUCUUUGGGGAUGUUGGAACGAGUCCCUUAUAUACCUUCAGUGUCAUGUUUAUAAAGGCCCCUGUCGAUGGAAAUGAAGACAUUCUUGGGGCAUUAUCACUUGUCCUGUACACUUUAAUCUUAUUUCCUCUCGUGAAGUAUGUCCUGGUCGUUCUAUGGGCUAAUGAUAAUGGUGAAGGUGGUACUUUUGCCUUGUACUCCUUGAUUUGUCGCCAUGCUAAGGUGAGUCUUCUUCCGAAUCAGUUGCCAUCAGACACUCGCAUAUCAAAGAUUACGCUAAAGGUGCCAACCCCAGAGCUUGAAAGGUCAAUAAAAAUCAAGGAAAGACUCGAAACUUCAUUGACUCUGAAGAAGCUUUUACAAACAUUAGUGCUGUCUGGUACAUCUAUGGUAAUAGCUAAUGGAGUUGUUACGCCAGCAAUAUCAGUAAUGUCAUCCGUUGGUGGUUUGAAGGUGAGGAUAGAUGCAAUCAAGCAAGAUGAAGUGGUCGUGAUUUCAGUUGCCUGCCUUGUCAUUUUGUUCAGUGUACAGAAGUAUGGAACAAGUAAAGUGGGACUUCUUGUAGGACCAGCUUUGUUGAUAUGGUUUUGUUCUCUUGCGGGCAUUGGGAUUUACAAUCUUUUCAAAUAUGACAGCAGCGUCCUGAGGGCAUUUAAUCCAAUUCACAUCUAUAGCUUAUUUGAGAGAAGUUCAACUAAAGCAUGGUAUUCUCUAGGUGGCUGUCUUCUGUGCGCAUCUGGUGCUGAGGCCAUGUUUGCAGAUCUUUGCUACUUCUCUGUACAAUCAGUUCAGCUUACAUUUUUCUUUCUUGUUCUGCCAUGCCUCCUAUUGGGUUAUUUGGGUCAAGCUGCAUACCUGAUGGAGAACCAUGCUGAUGCUGGCCAUGUUUUUUUCGCUUCUAUUCCAAGUGGUGCGUUCUGGCCAAUUUUCCUCAUUGCUAACAUUGCUGCAAUAAUUGCAAGUCGAGCUAUGACAACUGCCACCUUUUCAUGCAUAAAACAAUCUAUUGCACUUGGGUGUUUCCCUCGUCUUAAAAUAAUUCAUACCUCUCGAAAAUUUAUGGGUCAGAUCUACAUCCCUGUUCUUAACUGGUUCCUUUUGGCUGUUUCACUGGUGCUUGUCUGUUCUAUGUCCAAUAUCGAAGACAUUGGAAAUGCAUAUGGCAUUGUGGAGGUCGGAGUGAUGAUGAUGACCACUGUUUUAGUUUCCCUCAUUAUGCUUCUCAUAUGGCAGACGCACAUCAUCAAAGUGCUUAUUUUUAUGAUAGUCUUCUUGGGAUUGGAGAUAACUUUCUUUUCAUCAGUUUUGUUGAGCAUGACAGAUGGAAGUUGGAUAAUUUUGGUCUUUGCCAUAACGGUGUUUCUUAUCAUGUAUGUAUGGACUUAUGGCAGCAAGCUCAAAUAUGAAACGGAAGUCAGGCAAAAGUUAUCAAUGGAUUUGAUGCGGCAAUUAGGUUGUAAUCUUGGAACAAUACGAGCACCUGGCAUCGGUUUGAUUUACAAUGAGUUGGCCAAAGGAAUUCCAUCAAUUUUCAGACAUUUUCUGACCACGCUUCCAGCAAUACAUUCCAUGAUUAUAUUUGUGUGUGUCAAGAAUGUUCCAGUUCCAGUGGUGCCCCAAAGUGAAAGGUUCCUUUUCCGGCGAGUCUGCUCAAGAGGCUACCAUAUCUUUCGUUGUAUUGCCAGGUAUGGUUACAAAGAUGUGCUGAAAGAAAAUCAACAGGUUUUUGAGCACAUUCUGAUUGAGAGCCUAGAGAAGUUUGUUCGUCGAGAGGCUCAGGAGCGAUCAUUGGAAAGUGACAGGGAUGAUAGUGAUUCAGAGGAUGAGUAUUCUAGGGUUCUCAUUGCGCCCAAUGGGAGCGUUUACUCCCUUAGUGUUCCUCUCCUGGCUAACUACAAUAAUACAAGUAACCCCAUUUCCAUUGCCAGCACAUCAGAGAUGAGCCCAGCAUCUUCUAAUCUUCCUGCUCUUGAUGCAGAGCAGAGUCUUGAAAGGGAGCUGUCUCUUAUGCGCAAGGCUAAAGAAUCUGGUGUUGUUUAUCUUCUAGGUCAUGGGGAUAUAAGGGCAAGGAAGGAUUCAUGGUUUAUCAAAAAGCUAGUUAUAAAUUACUUUUAUGCCUUUUUGAGAAAGAAUUGCAGGAGGGGCACUGCUAAUUUAACAGUGCCCCACACACGUUUGAUACAGGCUGGCAUGACUUACAUGGUUUGAGACUCGGUUUUGGAACUAAAUAAAGCAUUGCCAGUUUCUUAGGAACUAUAGUUUGGUAGCAAAGAGUGAAGCUUGGAAAGUUCAUCUUGGAGUGCAAAGUUUGAAAAUAUUGCUUGAUCAUUCCUGGCUAAUUGAAUCCGCUAAUUGCCAAAUGCCAGUUUAGCUUUCACUUCGAAAA